GUUUUUGUAAAUAAAGAAAAAAACCGAAGAGUAGCCAAAAAAAUGUGGAUUUUUUGAAGCGCAAUUAUUUAUUGCAAAUUUUUUAACAAUUACUGAAUUAAAGCGUUAAUAACGAAAAUGUAUACAACAUUAUUGGCAAAACAGCAAUUUAAAUUAAUUGUGGGAUUAUGGCAAAAACAACAAUUACAACUAAUAACGGCAAGUUUUAUAAACAACAGUGCAAAUGUAACCACCGGUCAGAGUAUUAGACAAUAUGCAGCAACAACUGCACAAUACUUCACAAGGAAUGUGGGUGCAUGUAAUGACAGCAAAAGAUUAUAUAGUGAUGAUGCUAAACAGGGAGGAAGUAAGGAUAAACAAUUGGAUAUGUCGGAAGUGGAAGAUGAAACAAGUUUAAAUGGCUCGGAAGAAGUGGAUACAUUUACACAAAAUUAUAAUUUAAAACAAUUGCUGUAUGCAGAAGAAGAUGAUAUAAUGAACAAAUUGAAUUCAUGCGGCAGUAUUGAAGAGCUAAAAAGUAUUCUUGAAUCUGAAAAACUCCAUUUGCACAAAGAACACAUAGUACAAUCCGUGAUUUUGCUAUGGAUGUUUAAUAGACAAACUAAUUCCGGCACUUAUCAGCAAGAACAAUCAAAAGAACAAAAUUUUAUGGAAUAUCUGUUGUCCAUGCUCAGCGAAUAUGUAGUACAAUUAAAUGCAAAUGAAUUAAGCACUUGCUAUUUAUAUUUACGUAAAAUGGGUGUGAAAAAUACGGAUCCAGUAUUAGAACAAUUACUAAUAAAAGCUCUCAAUGAAGUAGAAAGUUCAGAAGAUAUUAUAAGCCUACCCACACUGUCUCGCCUAGUAGUGGGCAUUAACUCCGGUAGGGAUUUCUUUACUCCCAUGUUAUGCGCUAAUUUUAUGAGGCAUUUACAACAACACGUAGAAUUGUGUAACAGUGAAGAACAGGCUCGCAUGAUUGCCAUAUGCAUGUUUAACUUACAAAUCUUAAUUACCGAUGAAAUGAUUGAGUUAUAUAAGAGUAAAGUAUCUGAUUUAAUACAAUCAGGACAAAUUUCCAGCACUACACCAAAGACUGUUAUAAAAAUUUUAAAUCUAUUAAAUAUGAUGGUAUGGUCUCAUAAACAUGAGCCCCUGAUACGAAAGUUACUGUUAACUCUACAAACUGGUAUUAAACAAUUAGAUGCAAAUGAUUUAAAAAAUGUUUGUCGCAUCUAUCAAUAUCACAUGGAACCGGCUGCUUUACAUGAACCCUUAGCGGAAGCUGUGGAAGAUUUAUUGAGUAAACAAAUGACUCCCGAAACUUUGGCUUGUUUUGUACCCUUUGCCCAGCCUCAUCGUAGGGAGACUUUGAUAAAUGCCUUCAAAGCUUUAAUAUCAACUCCUGAAUCUUGGCAAUUAAACAAUUCUACCGGUCAUCUUUUCACCACCUUAAGAGGUUUAAAAAUAUCAGACAAUAAAAUAUGUAAUACCUAUUGGAAUGGGGUUGUGGCCCAGCUAGAGACUAUACCCGAAGAGGAAACACAUUUACGUUUCUUACGACACUGUCAUCGUUAUAUGAAUUUCAAUAAUAAUCUGGGUGGCACCUAUAGACACACCGUAUUGGAAAAGAAAUUAACUCAAAUGUGUAUGAGAUAUAUUGAACAUGAUUUAGCCGGUAGAAUACCACAGAAAUUUGCUCGUUUGGCCUCGUUUGUUUUGGCUUAUGGUCAUACACCGUAUAGUUGGAAAAAAUAUCCGAAUAUUUUGUUAUCAAAAAUUAUAACAAUGGGUGAUCAAUUUACGCCAACCGAUUGUUUUCUUAUUAGUCGGGGUUUGCAGAUUUCACUGGAAAUGAGAUAUCGUUAUCAAUUACCGCAAUUAGUGGGCAUGCAAUUGUCCACCAUUGAUAGCGUCUUAACCGCCUGCAUAGAAAAGCAUUUAAAUGAUGAACAACUAACCGUAACCGAUUUAAAUAUGUUAGUACGUACCUUAAGUAAUCGGAGAAGCCUUAAGAAUAGUGUAAUUUAUCACAAAACCCUGCAAAAGUACAAAGAAAUUCAAUGUCAAGACCUUAAUUCACGCAUCAUUAAAGAUAUGUCCUAUAAUUUCCUAGCCACUAAUUAUGUAGUGCCUGAAAUUCUCGAAAAUAUGUUCACAUAUCUAGAGACAAAUCAUGAACAUAUUGCAGGUGAAACGGUGGAAAAACUUUUGACUUGUACCUAUAAUUUAGGCUAUACACCACAGUCCUAUGAUGCUUUGCAUUAUGCGGGCGUGAUACUAUUAAGAGAUUUUAAUUAUAUGAGUGGUUUGGCGUUGGUUCAAGCCUGUUUAGCUUUAUGUUUUUAUAAAACUAUACCCGAAGAACUUAUAAAUAAAGUAUUCUGUGUUAAAUUUAUACAAAGAGUCGAGGAAGAAAUUCAAAUGUGUUAUUCUAAGGCCACUUACCCCGAACGUGUACUUAAUAUUGUUAUGCAAUUGAAUCGCAGUGUUUGCUUAGAUUUUCCCGAGGCUAAUGUUCCUUGGUUCCAACAAAAUUUCAUUGAGGCACAAAUUAGCAAAAAAACUCCCAUGGAAACCCGUUUUAGUCGAGAUGUUAAAGGUUUAUUGACAGCUUUACUUAAAAAUGAGUCUUAUAUAAGAUGUAAUCAUACGACACCCUAUGGUUAUCAGAUUGAUUUUGUUAUAAAUUUCGACAAAAAUAAAAAUCCCAUAAAUGCACCCGUUGAAACGACCAUGUUGGAUCGUAUAACAAAAGUUGCAAUACUAUUACUUAAGCUCGAUUCGUUUUGUGAAAAUGACUUAAACGCACUAAGAGGACCAGAGUCUAUGAAAAUUAAGCAUUUAGAAAUGAUGGGCUAUAAAGUGCUGCAUAUAAAUGAACAUGAUUGGAAUUCCAAAUAUAUGAAUGUACCUGGCGCUAAGCAAAACUAUCUAAAAUGUCUGCUGCAAAUAUCCAAUUAAGCAGAGAAGAGGGACAUAAGACUACAAUAAUUAAAAAUAUUAAUAAAACAAUAGUUAAUAAUAAAACCUCUAUUUCUUAUUUGUAUAUAAAUGUAAUUAGUUGCAAUUAAUAUAAAUUUCCUAUGAAAAUACUUUUUUUGUAAUGUUAAAAAUAAUUAGAAUUUAUUUAUUGUUGUUUUUUAUAAUAUAAAACGUUUAGUAUACAAUUAAUUGUGGAAAAUAAAUGCAAUAAUUUUGUUUUAAA